GAGCAUUCCUGGCCCGCCCCCUGCCGCUCCUGGUCUCACGCAUGCGCUCCGGUCGCAGCCUCGCUGCCGCGCCAUUUUGCCGGGGUUUGAAUGUGAGGCGGAGCGGCAGCCAAAGCGGUUAGUAGUGGCUAUAUUCCGUGGCCGGGAUUCCCUUUUCCGUUCCCUAUUCCCCACAAGGUUCUAUAACAAUGGAGCUCAGUGAUGCAAAUUUGCAAACGUUAACAGAAUAUUUAAAGAAAACCCUUGAUCCUGAUCCUGCCAUCAGACGUCCAGCUGAGAAGUUUCUUGAAUCUGUAGAAGGAAACCAGAAUUACCCACUGUUGCUUUUAACAUUACUGGAGAAGUCUCAAGAUAGUGUCAUCAAAGUUUGUGCCUCAGUUACAUUCAAGAACUAUAUUAAAAGGAACUGGAGAAUUAUUGAAGAUGAACCAAACAAAAUUUGUGAAGCUGAUCGAGUAGCUAUUAAAGCUAACAUAGUGCACUUGAUGCUUAGCAGCCCGGAGCAGAUGCAGAAGCAGCUAAGUGAUGCCAUUAGCAUUAUUGGCCGAGAAGAUUUCCCACAGAAAUGGCCUGACCUGUUGACAGAAAUGGUGAAUCGCUUCCAGAGUGGAGAUUUUCAUGUUAUUAAUGGGGUCCUUCGUACAGCACAUUCAUUAUUUAAAAGAUAUCGGCAUGAAUUUAAGUCAAACGAGUUAUGGACUGAGAUCAAACUGGUUCUGGAUGCCUUUGCUUUGCCUUUAACUAAUCUAUUCAAGGCCACUAUUGAACUCUGCAGUACCCAUGCAAAUGAUGUUUCUGCCCUGAGGAUUCUUUUCUCUUCCCUAAUUCUGAUCUCAAAACUGUUCUAUAGUUUAAACUUCCAGGAUCUUCCUGAAUUUUUUGAAGAUAAUAUGGAAACUUGGAUGAAUAACUUUCAUACCCUCUUGACAUUAGAUAAUAAGCUUCUGCAGACUGAUUUGGUAAGUAAUGCAAUUCAGUUUCUGGCGUCAGUUUGUGAGAGACCACAUUAUAAGAAUCUGUUUGAGGACCAGAACACACUGACAAGUAUCUGUGAAAAAGUUAUUGUGCCUAACAUGGAAUUUAGAGCUGCUGAUGAGGAAGCAUUUGAAGAUAACUCUGAGGAGUAUAUAAGAAGAGAUUUGGAAGGAUCUGAUAUUGAUACUAGACGCAGGGCUGCUUGUGAUCUUGUACGAGGAUUAUGCAAGUUUUUUGAGGGACCCGUGACAGGAAUCUUCUCUGGUUAUGUUAAUUCCAUGCUGCAGGAAUAUGCAAAAAAUCCAUCUGUCAACUGGAAACACAAAGAUGCAGCCAUUUACCUAGUGACAUCUUUAGCAUCAAAAGCCCAAACACAGAAGCAUGGGAUUACACAAGCAAAUGAACUUGUAAAUCUUACUGAGUUCUUUGUGAAUCACAUUCUCCCUGAUUUAAAAUCAGCUAAUGUGAAUGAAUUUCCUGUCCUUAAAGCUGAUGGUAUCAAAUAUAUUAUGAUUUUUAGAAAUCAAGUACCAAAAGAACAUCUUUUAGUCUCUAUCCCUCUUUUGAUUAAUCAUCUUCAAGCUGAAAGUAUUGUUGUUCACACGUAUGCAGCUCACGCUCUCGAAAGGCUGUUUACUAUGAGAGGGCCUGGUAAUGCCACUCUCUUUACAGCGGCAGAAAUCGCACCGUUUGUUGAGAUUCUGCUGACAAACCUUUUCAAAGCUCUCACACUUCCUGGCUCUUCAGAAAAUGAAUAUAUUAUGAAAGCUAUCAUGAGGAGCUUUUCCCUCCUACAAGAAGCCAUAAUCCCCUACAUCCCUACUCUCAUCACUCAGCUUACACAGAAGCUGUUAGCUGUUAGUAAGAACCCAAGCAAACCUCACUUUAAUCACUACAUGUUCGAAGCAAUUUGUUUAUCCAUAAGAAUAACUUGCAAAGCUAACCCAGCUGCUGUUGUAAAUUUUGAGGAGGCUUUGUUUCUGGUGUUUACUGAAAUUUUACAAAAUGAUGUGCAAGAAUUUAUUCCCUACGUCUUUCAAGUGAUGUCUUUGCUUCUGGAAACACAUAAAAGUGACAUCCCAUCUUCCUACAUGGCCUUAUUUCCUCACCUCUUGCAGCCAGUGCUCUGGGAGAGGACGGGGAACAUCCCUGCCCUAGUGAGGCUGCUCCAGGCCUUCUUAGAACGCGGCGCAAGCACAAUCGCGAGGGCCGCAGCGGACAAAAUCCCUGGGUUACUAGGUGUCUUCCAGAAGCUGAUUGCAUCUAAAGCAAAUGACCACCAAGGUUUCUAUCUUCUAAACAGUAUAAUAGAGCACAUGCCCCCUGAAUCAGUUGACCAAUACAGGAAGCAGAUCUUCAUUCUGCUAUUCCAGAGACUUCAGAAUUCCAAAACAACAAAGUUUAUCAAGAGUUUCUUAGUCUUUAUUAAUUUGUAUUGCAUAAAAUACGGGGCAUUAGCACUACAAGAAAUAUUUGAUGGUAUACAACCAAAAAUGUUUGGAAUGGUUUUGGAGAAAAUCAUUAUUCCUGAAAUUCAGAAGGUGUCUGGAAACGUAGAAAAAAAGAUCUGUGCAGUUGGCAUAACCAAAUUACUAACAGAAUGCCCUCCGAUGAUGGACACAGAGUAUACUAAGCUAUGGACUCCUUUAUUACAGUCUCUGAUUGGCCUUUUUGAGUUACCUGAAGAUGAUACCAUCCCUGAUGAGGAACAUUUCAUUGACAUUGAAGACACACCAGGGUACCAGACUGCCUUCUCACAGUUGGCUUUUGCUGGGAAAAAAGAGCAUGAUCCCGUGGGUCAAAUGGUGAACAACCCCAAAAUCCACCUGGCACAGUCCCUUCACAAACUGUCUACUGCCCGUCCAGGGAGGGUCCCGUCGAUGGUGAGCACCAGCCUCAACGCAGAAGCUCUCCAGUAUCUCCAAGGCUACCUUCAGGCGGCCAGUGUGACACUGCUGUGAGCUGCAUUUUUCUGACGGGCUUGUGUGCCAUGAUGGCUCCUGAGCAAAUGAUCCUGUAGGCCUUGGAGCAGAGCUGCUUUAAAACAAAGCAAGUUUUCCUUUGAACUUGUCACAAAAUCCAUCUUGUAAAGGGUAUUAAAUGUUGCUUUGAGCUGACCUUGAGCAAAUUAGGUGGUUUGUGUGAUUAUACAUGUCAGUGGUAAUCUUUCCAGUGUGCAGCAUCGAGGGACCCUAGGAGUGUCUGACCUGGAUUGAGUUGAGCAUUUGCACUGUUUUGAGUAAUUUAAGUUUGGACAAGACACUGGGUGUGCAGUUUGUUUUACUAAAAGACCUUUUGUUUUGAGACACUUGCCAUUUGUAUUUCUUUUGUCCUUUGUAUUUUUGUCUGUUUCCUUGAACUUUUAUCAGAAAUGUUAGUAAGGGAAGAGUCACAUGUAUAACUUGCCGAGCAAUGCACGUUUCUAUGAUUUUAAACUUAUGAUCAGCAAUAAAAGCCAGCCCUGAGAUACGGACGCAAGGAC